CAUCUGCCACGCACAGAGCCGACUUGUCCGAGGAAGACUGAGAUUUACAGGAGCUCCAUCUCUCCGUGCCCCCCAUUUUUUUUUUUUUUAAGCAAUUGAUUUUUUGUUUGUUUGUUAUGUUUUGUUGUUUUGUUUCACGUUGUCUUCUCUCCUUCAAUUCACUCUUUUGCCAUCGUACAGAAUGGCCACCUCAUAAAUUCCAGGGUGACUCUACAUUUGUUUGCGCAGAACAAAUGUAGAGUCACGAUUUUGUUUUCAUCAAACUGUAGGGUACCAAUCUGGGAGAGGAGGUUCAGGUAUUUGGGCUUCAUUGCUUCCUCGCUGCGGUGGCUAUUGGUUUGUUUAGAGAAGGAAGUGACGAUACGUGGAUCAUGGAGGUGUGUGUGUGAAGAGUUUUGUGUACAGGUCAUGGUUUUGUGAUGUGUAUAUGUGUCAGUGAGCGUGAGUACGAGCGGGAGAGAGAGCGCCGUGUCUGUGAUAUGUGAAAACAGUUAGCAGGAAACGUCGUUUGUCAUGAAAAUGGCUGUAGAUGUUGUAGGGAGUAUUUUUGGUUUGAGAGCAAUUGUGAACCAUGUCAAGGUUUUCGGCAGUACUUGCGCUCGAGUUGGUGUUGUAACUUGCUAGCGUGUUGGGCAUUUUUGGUUGUCGCUGGAAGUAAGGACGAAAUAUUUGAAGUUCUUCCUUGAAUCAUGGGCGUAAAUUUACGAGCGCGUACUGUAAUAUAGGCUCGAAAUGGUUGGGCUCUGCAUUCUUGAUUCCGGUUUCCACUGGUUUCGAGUCCAAGAUGUGGAGCUGAAAGUUGAAAAGCUCGCUUGAAUCAGAUUUGGAUAGUUGUACGAAGCAUCGCAAUCGUCUGCCGUAGAAUUUUCCUGUGAAGUGAAUUUAGGGUUUGGGCAAGGUGAUCGAAGAAAACCCCUUAUAUAAACAGUUUGCUGGUGCUUCGGUAUCUUGGUCUGUAACCUGACAUCGCUGGGUUUUGAGAUAAUAUAUUUGCACAAGCUCGGAUUCUUACGUUAUUGAUCACAUUUGCAGGGAUCUUCCCUUGCAGCAAUCUCAUUUUCAGUGGUUAUUGCAAUACUUGUACGUAGGGGAUUGAUGCUUAUUUGCUGAUUUGUUGAAGUCUUGUGUAAAUUCAUGAAUGUCUAAGUUCCAUGUUCUCUAGCCUAGGGUUGACUUACAGUGCAAGUGGAGUGAGGUAGAAAAAUCAGCAAGCGGAAGCUUUCGACUACUUUAAGUAUCCAGUUGUCGUAAGCAGGAACUUUAAAAUCUCAGGAUUUUACAAGCUGUUCAUAGAUUCUUAGCUGAUAGUUUUGUCUUUAGACGUUCACUUUGCGGAAGUGUCGAAAGGUUCCUCUUUAUAAAAUAUUUCGCUACCAGCUCUAAAGUAGCUCGUGUUCUUUUUCUGUGCCGAAGGUUCUGUACAGCAAUCUCUCGAGAGUCGAGUAAAGUUUAUACUUUUUUAGUAAUCUGAUUCUAAUACAAAUGUACUCAGACAAAUCUGCAGUUUAUGUGUUGUUUUUUACAGACAUUGGGACUGCGAGAGGAUGACUGGAAUUUGUAACUCCGGUUAAUGCACUCUCUAUCCCAGGUCGAGAAAUAAUGGGAAGCACAGAAGAACCUGACCGUAAACGACGCCACCUUAACAAAGAUCAUCUGGCGUCACCCCCAGUUAAGAAACAACCUCAUACACCCUCAUCUGAAGAGAAGAAAGUGGAUGCCCAAAUGUUGCAGUUUCAAAAUCAUAAGCUUGCCCAGCAGCUCUAUGUUCAGCGCAAUGAAAUAAAUGUUUUGGAGGGCAAACUGAAUCAACUUCUUAGCAACCAGGCCUCAUUUGAUGACAAUCUCUCAAAAGUCAGUCGGGUUUGGAAUCAGGUUGUGGAUGAUUUGGAGUCGCUUACAGUGCGAUACAGUUCCUCAUCUAAUGGAACUUAUUUACUGGAACCUGCCUCUAAUGUAUUUUGAGGUUGUGGUGAUUUCAGACUGCUUGGCGUUGAUAGAUCGGAACAACUCCUCAGUUUCUUCUGAGCAAACUUUUCUCCAACGGUUUCUCGAUAACGGAGCUACCGGAAGUUCCACAACCAAUGGAAGCAACGACUUCGUUAAGUCUGGACUCUGCAGUCAACAGACGUCUACCGCUGAAAUCUUGAAACUUCUUGUGCAAAGCAUUGAUUAUGAGCAAGUUCGAAAUGAAGAGCUUUUGAGCACUUUCCUGAAUGGGAUUGCUUCCAAUGGCUUAGCAGUGAACCUUCUUCCGCUUGUAAAGGAAGAUGAGGAGCUAUAUGCUGAAACAAAGAAAUUGCGCAGUCUUGUGGAUGGAUUUCAUUUAAAGCACCGAGAACUCUCAGCUGAGCUUGGAACUUGUCAUGAUUUUCAAGCGAAGGAUCGAGCUGAGCUCAAACGAUUAAAAGACGAACUCGAGGAAGCUUGUGCUGAUCUAGAGGGUGUUAGGCACCAGUUGGCUGCGCUACGUUCUGAAAAUGUGAUUUUAUCUGGUCCGCCUACACCUAGUGCCACUUUAACUAGUAAUAAAUUUGAAUUUGGAGAUGGAGGUGCAUCACAAGAAAAAGUUUCGAAAGAAUGUUGUCAACUGGAAGCAGACUUGGAAGAGGUCAAGACUUUGGCAGCUCGAAGGCUCAUGGAGCUUCAAGAAGCUUUGCAGAAUCAUUUGGAUGUUAUUAAAAAAUUUCAACACAUGCAGAACGAACUGGAUGACCAAGAGCGCAUUGUGUCUUCUCGACAAUAUCAGUCACUAACCGAGCAAGUUCAACAUCUGAGGAGUGAAGUUGAGAGGUAUCGGGCUAUGGUGGACCAAUUACAGGGUGAGCAUGUCUCUCUUUUACGUCGCGAGAAAGAGAUUGCAUUGAAAACUGAAGCUGGUGAUGCAGCUCAAAAGGCUAGCACCACCUCAGAUGAUCGGGCGGCAGCUUUGGAAUUAAAGUUACGGCAGUGCAUGUCUGAUUGUGAUUCUUUGCGUCUAAGAGUUGAAGGCGCUACUCAUGCUUCAGGAAGAAAAGAGUCAGUAGCUGAUCUUGAGAAAGUGAUUACCAGUCUUCAUAAAGACAUGAGUAUGAUGCAAGCACAACUAUUCGAGUAUAAAGAAGCAGGCUCAGCUGUCUUUUCUCUGCGAGCAGAGCUUCAUUCUUUACGUGCAAUCAUUGAUAGGAAAACAGUGGAAACUCGGCUUCUAUCUGACCAGUAUGCCCGCAAAGUUUCGGAAAUCAAUUCACUUCAAAAUGAGUUCAGGGUUUUGCGAGGUAGUGAGAAAGAACUGAAGCUUAUCUUCGAUAUGUAUAACAAGGAGUCAAAUGAUUCAAGUGAAAUGAGGAAGUUACAGCAGGAAGAGUGUAGAGCUCAGGCAGAAAUGGGACGAUUGCAAUUGGCCCUGGACGAACACAAUCUAGAACUUCGCGUAAAAAAUGCAAAUGAAGCAGAGGCAGCAUGUCAACAGAAGCUUGCUGCAGUGGAAGCUGAGAUUGCAGAGCUGCGGCAGAGUCUACAAGCUUCGUACAGGGUUUCUCUAGAUUUAAAGGAGUCCCUGCAGGCCAAGAAAGAGGAAGGGGAUCCAUAUAUUAGUGAAAUAGAAGCUAUUUUACAUGCGUACGAAGACGUGCAGACUCAAAAUCAGAGGCUACUUCAAGAAAUCAAAGAGCGCGACGAGUACAAUUCUCAGUUAAUGUCGGAGAGCCUCAAGGCGAGACAGCUGCAGUUUCCUCUACAAGCCGAGAAGCAAGUGUUGGAUGCCGAUAUGCAGCAUGCAAAUUCUGAUGCUGAUCUUCACAAACAGCGGAUAACUUAUCUAGAAGAACAAGCUAGUACAUUCAUUGCUCAUCUUGAGAAAGCAACAGACGAGAAUCGGCAGCAAUCGUCAGCAAUGGAAAGUGCGAAACGGAAGGCUGUUGAAGCAGAGAAACAGUUGUCUUCUGUCAAGUUAGCGCUUGAUGCUGCUCACAAAUUGUUGGAAGAGCGUGGUCAAAAUUUCCUAAAUGUAAACCUGCAAUUAGAAAAGGAAAGGUUCAACAAAAGAAGAGCUCGAGAAGAGUUGGAGGUUCUGAAUAUGAAAAUAACACGCCUGCAAACUCCUCACGAUAGCGGACCUACGGUAGACCGAUUACGCGAAGAAAUCAGGAACUACGAGGCCAUAUUGAAAUGCAGUGUGUGUCAGGAUCGAUCCAAGGAGGUGGUUAUUACCAAGUGCUACCAUCUAUUCUGUAGUCCUUGCAUUCAACGGAACCUCGAACUUCGGCACCGGAAGUGUCCUGGGUGUGGGAUUCCGUUUGGACAGAAUGACGUGCGAGUUGUGUAUAUUUGACGUGCUUGCUGCGAGGUGGCCUGGUCUGAUGAGGUGAACAUUGUGGCCCGGUGAUGAACUUCGAGGCUCCAUCCCUUUCGCUGUAACAGAGGUUUGCUUCAUGGUAGUGUUAGGGCAGUUGCCUUGUUGGAGCAAGGGCGUCGUCGGUGAUGAGCCUGCAGCAUGCGACUUCAUGUCAUGAUGUAUCAUAGGAGACACUCGCAUCCGAGGUAGGGGAAGGUGUAUCAGUAUUUGUGGAGUAUUUGGCAACGGAAAGUGUGGCAUUUGGAGCAGGUGUAUUCAUGAAACAUGUGACAUUGUGUGCAAUAGUUUUGAGUGCUGGGUUGAAUAGUUCAUUGGUUAUGGUAAAGCAUUAGAACAGGACGAUCCUUGUGUUGGUGACGAGUGUGUGAUGAGGAUGUUUUUUUAGCUUCAUAAACACGAAUCACAUUUAACUUACAGAUUGUGACUGAAUACGAUGAGUAUGACCAAAGCUGGAGUGAGAUUCCCAACCAUCACUCAAUGCUGGUUGCAUGAGA